AUGUCUUCAGCAACGAAAGCCCCAGAGCUCGAGCUCACUCAAUUCCUCAAGACUGUACUCCCGCAAGGAAACAGAUCUUCACUGCGCGAGUCGGUCAUUCCACAGCUCCUUGACGCUGUUUCUGCCAUUGGCGACGAACUCAGAAGAUCAUAUGAUGUCUCCAUCGUGGGCACCGAAAAUGCCUUUGGAGAUGAGCAGCUGAACGUUGAUGUUUUGGCGGAAAACAUUAUUCGCGAUAGAUGCGCUAAGUCACCUGCCAUUAAAACUGCCAGCAGUGAGGAGGAUCCUGUUGAGAAGCCUGCUCGUGAAGGAGAGACGGUGCAGCCCAUUAGUGACGACGAACAAUACACUAUAGGGUUCGACCCUCUCGAUGGCAGCUCCAUUAUUGGCCCGAACUGGUCUGUCGGAAGCAUCAUCGGAAUAUGGGACGGAGUCACUGCCAUUGAGCAACCGACAGAGAAGCAAAUCGGAUCCAUCCUGGGAGUUUUUGGCCCAAGAACUCUCGCAAUCGUUGCCUUACGAGUUCCUGGUUCGGACCCCGUGUGCUUCGAAGUCAGCCUCAACAACUCCCACAAGUUCACCGUGGCCCGUCCCGAGCUUCGCUUUGCCGAGCCUCCCUUUAAAACACGUUACUUCGCCCCUGCCAAUCUGCGCGCUGCCGCCGAGAACGACAAGUACAUGAGCCUGGUCACCAAGUUUAUCACCGACAAGUAUACGCUACGAUACUCUGGUGGUCUUAUCCCUGAUAUCUAUCACGCUCUCGUCAAAGGUCACGGCGUAUACGUCUCACCUGUGACGUCCGUGAGCAAGGCCAAGCUACGAAAGUAUUACGAGCUGUUGCCUGUGGCGCUUGUUAUUGAGUGUGCUGGCGGUCAAGCUAUCGACCCCGCAACUGGAUCAAGAAUAUUCGAUAUCACUCUCAAGGGCUGUGACGACAGAGCUGGUCUAGUAUGUGGAACUUCAGAGGAGGUUGAGGCAGUCAAGAAGGCUUUGUUGGAUUAG